UAGCAAAAGUGCACAACAUGAGAGCUCCACCCAAACAACACCAACUGCUACAAAACGUAUAAACGAGAUCACGAGAGACAGAAUCUAGCUCCAUAGUAGAAUAUAGGAACGAGGUUUGAGGAGAUCGAGUUGUCUCAAUGGCGAGUGGGUGGGUUAAAUCGUUGCAUUGCAAGUCAAGAGCAUUCGAAGACGUUUACCAUCCAACCCCAAAAAUUCUUAUACCCAGUGCCAGUUGCAGAAAAAGCGUCCAAAGCAUUAAGGACGUCGUCGACACUGCCAAGCCUAAACCCAAAAAACCCAGGCCGCCCCUCGAGAAGCACCCAAGUUCAAAAUAUCCUCGAACCACAAAACCCGAAAGCCCCUCCAGCCCCACGACCAUGACCCGGAGAGUCUCUUCUACCCGGACAGUCCGUACACCCGAACCAUUCCUUCCGUCCCUGAUGGAGCUUCCCGAGGGACAUCCGUCGCGUAACGUGGUGGAGAUUAUCUUCCAUACUAGCUGGGGUCCCAAAGCCUUUAUGGGUCAAAUCGAGAUGAUUUUCAAGGUUGUGAACGCCUCCAGAACUGUGUCCCGCUUCGAAGAAUAUCGCGAAACGGUGAAGCGUCGCGCUGGUUCGGGGGCUCCGACCGAGGGGAGUGACUGGGAGGAGAAUGCACGGUGCGUUGCGGACGGGAAUGAGGUGAUGAGGUUUCAAUGUUUAGGUCCCACAUCGGGAGGUGGCCCCUACGAUGCCAGCGGUGGAGGAGGAGGCUGUGCAUGGUCAUUGUCAGGGGGGAAAGGUUCUGCGAUUCGGACGUUUUCUGGCAGCGGAGAAGCCCAUGAAAGCGGCGGCGGGGGGCGGGGCAGAAGAGCCAUGAUGGUGUGCCGGGUCAUUGCGGGCCGGGUCUCCAAGCAAACAGGUUUCAUGGACUCGCUGUUGGAUGGUGGAAUGGGGUUGGACUCGGUGAGUGGGGACAACGGCGAGUUGUUCGUGUUUGAUUCGCGUGCAGUAUUGCCUUGUUUUCUCAUCAUAUAUAAACUGUAAAAAAAAAAAUGAAAGGAUAUGAUUUUUACCACCCCUUCUUUAUUGUGAAUUUUUUUUUUUCAAAUGGAAAAUGUAUGGAAGUUGAGGUCUUGCAGAACCUGUUGCCUGCACUUAUCCACCGGUUCUUCCAUUGCCUUCCUGUUUGGUUAUUACGUGUUUGUGUGAGUAUGAGGAAAUCAGGUUGAUAUAAUGCUGCUU